AUGUCGAGCGCGUGUAUCAUCUGCCAUAAGAGGAAGGUGCGAUGCGACCUGGCGAUCCGCAGCCCUUGCAGCAACUGCAUCAAGUCUGAUCUAGAGUGCAUACCUUAUACACGGAAGCGCAAGAGAUUCACCAAUAGCUUGUCGCCGGGGCGCGCACCCAGCAGUGGCUCGGUGAGUCGACGUGAGUCGCAAGCCCCUGCCGACACACCCAUCGAUGGCGCGGUUCGGACAGCGCGAGUAUCGUCCUUUGGCGACAAUGCGACUCCCGUCAGUCGACAUGACGAGCCAACUGUGGUCGCUGCGGCCGGGAAUGACGGGCCCUUCGUCAAGGAGGAGAGCUACCGCGGCCGGAGCGAGUAUUUAGGCGGAAGUGUGCCAUUUGACGAAAAUAUGGUGAAACCGGGCCAUGAGACGAAUUAUGCGAGCGAGAAUGAAAAGGCCUCGGCUGCAGAUCUUCAGAUGCUGCGGGAGCAAGGCGCAUUUGAAUUGCCCCCAAUGGCAGUCCAGAAUGAACUGAUGAAAAGCUUCCACAAGUACUGUGCGCCAUGGACUCCGGUCGUCGAUCCGACAUGGUUGGAUCAUCACCACUCUCCUCCGUCGAUGCUCCUGUUGCAAGCCAUAUUUUUGGCUGGGAGUCGGGUUUCCACGGCACAUCUGGAGUACGGGUCCAGUGAGGUCUUUUAUCGACGGGCAAAGCUGCUGUUCUUCUUUGGUGGCCGGAAUAAUUCCUUGAUCUCAAUAGUGGCGGCCUGCCUGCUGCACUGGUAUAAUCCAGUGGGACCGGAAGAUGUCUCGACAGACACCAGCGGCUUUUGGAUCCGAACGGCCGGAGCCAUGGCAUUUCAAAUUGGUCUUCACAAAGAGCCUCCGGCGAAUGCGAAAGACCGUGGUCUUCGCCGGAGAUUGUGGUGGUCUCUCGUGAUUCGGGAUAAUGUCAUCUCUGUCGGGGUCGGGAGGCCUCGUACGAUCAAUCUUCGCGACAGCGAUGUGCUUCCUCCGUCCAUGGCCGACUUUCCCGCCAAUGACUUCCGAGCUCGGCUCUUCUUAGCCUAUUGCACGAUAUCUUGUCAUCUGGGGGAUACCGUGGAGUGUUACUUACGCCGAGAGAUAUCUCGGCAGCGACGGAUCGACCUGGAAAAUGCCAUCUACAGAUGGGCCAAGCAGGUCAUUCCCAAAUUGCGAUCAUCUGCCGCACAGCAAGAAGACGCCGUCACCUCACACUUUGAAGUCCAACAAUUGUCGGUCAUGUACUUUGUGGUCUUGACCACUUUACAUCGAUCCCCCACGCCGAACAGCGUGCCGCCCGCCGUGUCUCUGGUGGCAUCCUCCUUUAUUGCAGGAAUCUACGAGGAAUUUCUCCUUCGGGAUGAGCUUCGCUACCUGGGGCCGGUCUUUGCGUUUUAUCCGCUCUGCAGCGGGCUGUCAUUACUUUCCAGCUGGCGGUAUUCCCAACUGCAAAGUACCGCAGAACACGAACUGACGGUGAUCAAACUGUCUCUCCAAAAGCUGUCAGAGCGAUGGCUCUCCGCAGUCGGCCCGCUGCGCGCCUUGAACAAAUUGACUGAAAAAGUCCGAGAGCAAGGCCUCGUCGACAGUCCCCCACCCACACUGGAUCUCGACACGGCUUCCUUUUUCGAUGGGUUCGACUCCAAGUUCUGCAAGCAGUGGCGUUUGAUCGGGCAAUCUGACGAGGGCGCGCACAUAGCGGCGUCUUCCACCGCUACGUGCUCCAUGGCGGAGGUUCAAGAACCUGAUGGCGUGAUUCAGUCCUUGAGCACUCGGGCAGAUGCACCUGUGGAUGAUUUCGGUCUGCCCGCGCUUGAUACCAACCUGGAGGCUUUCAGUAAUAGUUGGGAGGGUUCUGGAUUCGACUGGAGCGGCUCUUGGCUACUGAACAUCUGA